GCAGGAGUGAGAAGCAACUGCUGUCCUUUCCAACUGUGCCCCAGAUUGCAGCCCAUUUACUUUGCUCCACAGAAUUCAAUGGGGGCCACUGAGAUCCAAGCCAGCCCCUCCUCACAUAAGGUAAAGGUAAAGGGACCCCUGACCAUUAGGUCCAGUCGUGACUGACUCUGGGGUUGUGGCACUCAUCUCACUUUAUUGGCCAAGGGAGUACAGCUUCCGGAUCAUGUGGCCAGCAUGACUUAGCCGCUCCUGGCGAACCAGAGCAGCACACGGAAAUGCCGUUUACCUUCCCGCCGGAGCGGUACCUAUUUAUCUACUUGCACUUUGACGUGCUUUCGAACUGCUAGGUUGGCAGGAGCAGGGACCAAGCAACGGGAGCUCACCCCGUUGCGGGGAUUCGAACUGCCGACCUUCUGAUCGGCAAAUCCUAGGCUCUAUGGUUUAACCCACAGCGCCACCCAUGUCCCUCUUCACAUAGUCUUUCCCUUAUUUUUCACAUAGUCUUUCCCUUAUUUUCCUGUGCAGGUCAUGUUCCUGUAGUUUGUAAUCCAUGAAAUUUGGGUGGAUUACUAAUUCAGUUCCCUUGUAUUACCAGAAUGUAUUAAUUUGGAAAGUAUAUAAAUUUUGACGUUUCUCAUCAAAGCCCUGAAGUGACCCCAUGACGAAAAUAGACACCUGCACCCACUGUAUUAACUCUGCAAGGGACUUUUUUAUGUGUUCUUAUGACCUACUGGUGGCGGAAGGAGCGAGCCACAUUCCAGUGAGUGAGCCUGUGCCUGGCUGUAAUACUAGUGUUAGCCUGCUCACUGGUCAGAGCUGAAGGAGCUGAAGGGCAGAGUGAUUAGGAGAGGUGGCUGGGGAAGAUGAAACAGGUUUGAAAAGGCAACUGAAACCAGCUUAGGUAAGAUUGCUUAACAAAACAAUUGGGAAUUUUUUUAGAGUAAAUGAAGGGAUUUCAUUCUGCUGAAAUUCAUCACUUACAACUUUAAAAAGGGACACAUGUAAUUUUUACCUGUGAUCUCUGCUGUGGUUGAUCUCAAAUACUGUGGACAUAUAUCUUAUUCAGGUAUUCAUCUCUUAAAAGUGUUAGGAGAGGAAUUAAAUUUUACAUUAAAAGGAAACUGAAGGAAAAUAGAAAAUCAAAGAAGACUUAAUCCUAAUAACACAGGGACAGUAAAUUGUACACAGAUGAUGGUCCUUGAGAAAGUCACGCAAAAAACAGUUUAGCCAAGAAAAUUUAAACUGAAAACUCAGAAAAAUACCAAGAUAAGAUUGCCAUGGAUGGAGAGAGAGAUAGGUAAGUUGAAAACUUGCUAGAAAGGCAAAGAAAGCAUUUUGAAGAUGAAGCUGCUGAUGGCGACUGGAGAGGGACUGCUCAGGGACACAGCAAGUCCAGGAUCCUGUGGGAAAGUGCUUUCUCUGAGGGAUGUUGCUGAGAGUGGCUAGAGGGGUGGAUUAGGACCUGGGAGACUAGAGUUCAAAUCCUCCCUCUGCCAUGAAGCAGCUCUCUAUCUCUCAGCCUAACCUACCUCACAGGUUUGUUGUGAGGAUCAAAUGAGGAAGCAGACUAGAAGAUCAACUCCACUCAGCCUUUCCAGCAGAACCUGCAAGAUUACGAAAAGAGAUGGGAAAUGGAGCUCCAAAGGUAACUAUGGAACAGGCCAGGCAAAAUUACCCCUCAUGCGUAACGUGGCUCUCUGGCGCUAAUACCCAAGGUUUGGGGAUUUCAUCUUCUUUUUUUGCUGCAUAGCUCGGGCAACACAAAGCGUUGACUCUCUGCAAAAAACCCUGGAUCCUCCAGCACUGAAGGUAAGAGGUUUGAAAUACCCAAUUUAAAAGCCGAUCUAGCAGUCAGCUUCCUUUGCCAGUAACUUUGCAGCCGGAAACUAGCGUUGCAGUUGAAGGAAGGUAACUAUUCAAUACUUUUCAGAGGUGGCGAGAGGUUGCGGCAAGCCCCUUUGCGCCCUGUUACCAUAAAGGAUUCUUCUGCAUAUGCUCAUCUUAAAAUGGAGCCUUCAACUUUGGAAGAUGUCUCCAAUGUGUCCUGCAAGUGGAGGAUUCCAGUGGAGGUAGAACGAAUGCUAGGAGGUUAUAGAGUUCAACUGAAAGGCCUGGCCUUUCUUCCAGCAGCAAUGACCAGAUGACAUAAUAAAUGGGAAACGGACGUCAAAAGGUAACUAUGCAACAGGGCAGGCCAAACUAUCAACGAUACGUGAUGUGGCUGUGGGAGUAAUCACUCUAAAAUCAGGGCCUAGGAUUUCAUUGACAAAUGCAUUAAGGGGUGGAUUCUGCUGUAUCCCUCAGCGCUCCAUGUGCGUCCCUCCCCAAGCGGCGCGCUCGGUGGAAGAGGACGACCAUCCCAGAUCGAAGGAGGGUCCCCUUCUUCGGUCAAGGGCAUGCGAUAGUUGCGCUCCCUUGCUAGAACCUGCAAACCUUUGGCUAAGCAUCUUCCAAGAACACCAUUUGAGACAUAGUGCACCAUUGCCUUACUUGGAUGUGUCUGGAGUCUUGGAAGCUGGACUACCCUACGUUCUCCUACAAAUGGACCUUCAGGGGUUUGCAGCUUCGAGCAGGGGAGCGCAGCUCUCGUAUACCCUUGACUGAAGAAGGGUACACUCCUUCGAUCUGGGAUGGUCGUCCUCUUCCACCGAGCGCGCAGCUUCGGGAGGGACACACAUGGUAACUAGAAAGUCCUCUUGAAUUUGAAGAGGCGGUGACAGGCUCCGAUACCUCCCAAGUCAAGCCAAAACGCUACAUCACAAUGAUAGCAGCAAUAUAGAUGGAGACAUUCCGCCUGAAGGACAUUUAGGUGAAUAUCCCUUUCUUGGCUGGGAAGAAAAUUUGUAUUGUCUUCCUUCUGCAACUUUUUGUGCUAAGACUCUUUCAGGUGGCGGUGACUGAGUCGUCAGAAGAGGCCCUAUUCGGUGUCAACACAAUGAAGCUCACCUGCAGGCAGGAGAACACUUCUUCUUUUGUUCCAGCUCUUUGCAGAUUCUUGCCGAAAAGUCAAAUAAAGCAUUUUGAGGAGCAAGCUGCUGAUGGCGACAACUGGAGAGUGACUGCUGUCAGACACAUGAAGUCACACUUCAAAUGGACAAAGAAAAUGGUGAGCAUUGAGCAAUCUUCCCUCUUUCCACAUUAAGAUUAAUUGCAGAAAUUGAAUCUCAUCUCUCUGUACUGCCUUGUAGAUCAUUGGCCUUGUAGAUCAAAAAUCGCAGUCAAAAUGGUAUUCCAUGGUUGAAUGACAUUUAGGUGAGUAUCCCUUGCUUGGCUAGGGAGGUAAUAUGUAUGGUGUUUUGUAUGCAACUGUUUGUGCUAUCACUCUUUCACGUUGCAGGGAAUCAGUCGCAGAAGUCAAAACCUUUAGCAGCAGAUUUCUUCAUAACUCUUAAGGGUUGUUUUUUUCCACGAGACAACAUUUGCAGAGUGUUCUCUCAGGUUUUGCUUUUUGCCUUGUUGCAUCACUCAAAAAACAGAGCAAAAGGCACCAGUGGUUGUCACUCCUGGUUCCCAGGAUGGGAUUAAAGUCCCUGCAGUGUUCUUGCUAACUUCCAAGGAAACUAUCAUGCCCCUCAAUUUUCUUUCUUUUUUUUUUAAAAAUAAUUUUUUAUUAAGGUUUUAAACAAAGAAAAAAGAAAAACAACACACACAAAAAACAAUACAAAACUUAACAAUAAAAACAUAAAACAUAACAAUUAAAAACAAACUCUCUUUUCCAUUUCCAAUUUUAAAUUACUUAUUUUCUGGACUUCCUCAUACCUCCCUCUUUUGUAUUCCAAUCCACAUUAUUUGUCCAGCAGUUUCUUUUCCACUUUUUAUCCCAAUCUUUAAUUUAAUAAAAUGUUAAAAUAUAUAACUUCAACUUUUUAAACCUAAUCCUUACUCUUAAUGUCAUAUAGCUUUAAAUUUUUCCCUUUUAUUAUCAAAUUUCCAUUUCUUUAAACAUCUUUAAUCUUAAUCUUUAAUCUUAAUCUAUCCUUAACUUUAACCUGUACAGCUGGAAACCACUUAUUUUCAAUCCAACAUCACUCUAACAUUCCUUAAUUUUGCAGUGUUUCUGAAGAUAGUCUUUGAAUUUCUUCCAGUCUUCCUCCACCAACUCUUCUCCCUGGUCACGGAUUCUGCCAGUCAUUUCCGCCAAUUCCAUAUAGUCCAUAAGUUUCAUCUGCCAUUCCUCCAGCGUGGGAAGUUCUUGUGUCUUCCAAUACUUUGCGAUGAGUAUUCUUGCUGCUGUUGUUGCAUACAUAAAGAAAGUUCUAUCCUUUUUUAACACCAUUUGGCCCACUAUGCCCAGGAGAAAGGCCUCUGGUUUCUUGGGGAAGGUAUACUUAAAUACCUUUUUAAUUCAUUAUAUAUCAUUUCCCAGAAAGCCUUAAUCUUUGGGCACGUCCACCAAAGGUGAAAAAAUGUACCUUCAGUUUCUUUACAUUUCCAACAUUUGUUAUCGGGCAAGUGAUAGAUUUUUGCAAGCUUGACUGGGGUUAUGUACCACCUGUAUAUCAUUUUCAUAAUAUUCUCUCUUAAGGCAUUACAUGCCGUGAAUUUCAUACCUGUGGUCCAUAACUGUUCCCAGUCAGCAAACAUGAUAUUAUGUCCAAUGUCCUGUGCCCAUUUAAUCAUAGCCGAUUUUACCGUUUCAUCUUGAGUAUUCCAUUUCAGCAGCAAGUUAUACAUUCUUGACAAAUUCUUAGUUUUGGGUUCUAACAAUUCUGUUUCUAAUUUGGAUCUUUCCACCUGGAAGCCAAUUUUCCUGUCCAAUUUAAAUGCCUCCAUUAUCUGAUAAUAAUGAAGCCAGUCUCGCACUUUGUUUUUUAGUUUUUCAAAACUCUGCAAUUUCAGUCUAUCUCCGUCUUGUUCCAAAAUUUCCCAAUAUUUCGGCCAUUUGACCUCCAUAUUAACCUUUUGCAAGGCUUUCGCUUCCAUUGGUGACAGCCACCUUGGGGUUUUGUUUUCUAACAAAUCCUUAUAUCUUAACCAAACAUUAAAUAGCGCUUUCCUAUGCAUGCCAUCCAAAUACAUUAUUGAAACCUUCCAAGUCCAAAAUGUCAGUGUUUUCAAGAAGUAGCCAUUCUUUCAACCAGCAAAAGGCUGCUGAUUCAUAAUAAAGUUUGAGGUCUGGCAGGGCAAAUCCACCUCUUUCCUUUGCAUCUGUUAGUAUUUUAAAUUUUAUUCUAGGCUUCUUGCCCUGCCAGACAAAUUUAGAGAUAUCUUUCUGCCACCUCUUGAAACAAUCCAUUUUGUCCACGAUCUGCAAAGUUUGAAACAAGAACAACAUUCUAGGCAAUACAUUCAUCUUUAUCGCAGCAAUACGGCCUAGCAGUGAAAGCUUCAAAUUUGACCAAUUUUCUAAAUAUUUUUCACUUCUUACCAACAUUUUUAAUAAUUAUCUUUAAAUAAAUUCCCAUUUUUGCUGCCAUGUUAAUCCCCAGGUAUUUAACUUUCUUAACCACUGUUAAACCUGUCUCAUUCUGAAACCUCUCUUUUCAAACGGUGUUAAAUUUUUCUCUAGAACCUUGGUUUUUGACUUGUUCAAUUUAAAUCCUGCCACUUGACCAAAUUCUUGAAUCAGUUCUAAAACCCUUUUUGUACUAGAUUCUGGCUCCUGUAACGUCAAUACUAAGUCAUCUGCAAAUGCUCUCAAUUUAUAAUGUUUAAUUCCGACCUGCAUGCCCCUCAAUUUUCACCUAUACCCCUCACUUCCCAAACUAUUAGCAUGGGAGGUUUUUUUGGGUAGUGAUUUCAGUGAUUAAGCUUGGUUCUGGAAUCCACCAUAGCAUCUAAGGACUAAUUCAAGCCACCUUUGCUCUGUGCCUGCUGCUCUAACAUCCCAGGUAGGCAGGUAUUUAAUUUCUAUACCGCUUUAUAUUUUUAAGAAAUAUCUCAACACGGUUUACAGAUUGGUCUUUUUGGGAAUACUACCAGUCAGCUCCUGUUUUCAAAUGGGUCAGUGGCUGCUAAAAUGUUAAAGGAAAAUACCAGUUUACCAUCUUAUAUAGAUCAGCCUUCUGCUCAGGGCCGUAGCUAGAGGGUGGCAAAGUGGGCCCCCGCCAGGGGCACAGGCAAGGAGUGGGCAAAAUCAGCUUUAAAAAUGUCCAUAAAUAUGUCUAUAAAUUAAUUGAUUAUUGCCUCAUAAGGAAAGGUUUUUAAUAGGUGACUUGAAUGGGUUGGGGGGUGGAGGAGAGGCGGAAAGAAGAGCUACAGUAAUUUGUCCGUGGUGAGGGGGCGCAACCUGGAUGGUUCCCCCAGGGGCGCAAGAUCACCCAACUAUGGCUCUGUUGACAACAGACCAAUCUUAGUUGAGCAGGGCUACCUUUGUCCUCAUAGACUAGCCUCUACCAGCUUAGAUGCAGAUGGUGGUAUAUUUCUUGCAAAUGUUUCUCUGUUUAUUGGUGCUUUUGCAGCUCAAUCCCACUAAGUAGCCAUCUUUUUUAUUUUAUUUUUAAAAAAUGACAUUGGUUGCUUUUUAACAACAGCUCUCAUUUAACUUCCUCUCUCAUUGCCUCCACAUUUGGGGGGAAAGCGUCCCCUGCUCAGUUGUUUCUUCUUCUUCUUCGAAAGGUUAUUAAUUUUUUUUAAAAAAGGGGAAAUUCAAACAACAUUGAACUUACCAAUACAAAAGGGGAAGAAAAGGAACACUAGAAUGGGUAAAAAGGAGCAGAAGAAAAGGGAAAAUAGUUUAAACAAAAACAACGAGACAAUAACCCCCACCCACAAACACAUUGAAAAGGCUGUAGGAUAUUAUAAAAUAAAAAAAAACACAAAUGCAAAAUACAUACUAACAUAUAGCACUUAAGAACAGUUUCAAACAACCCUCACCCCAAUAAACAGCACCCUCCCAAGUUAAAAUCCCACCCCCAUUCAAACCAGAAUUUUAGCCAAGGGGGCUGGCCCUGGUUCCUGUCAGUGUUUGGGGAGGGGGGGAAGGAAAAAGGUUCUGACCUCCUUUGCCUGGUCCUCAGACCUUAGUCGGAGUCUGUAACCUGAAGCGUCUGUAACCUGAGGUACCACUGUAAUUGAUUUGUAUGUAAGGUGCUCAGGGAGUACAAUAGAUCCCCAAUAAAUAAUCCUGACAGGAGUUUACAGUACUGAUGGCAUGCCAAUGGUGUCAGAAGCCCAGCUGGAAAUUUGCUGUAUGUAUCAGUGGCUCAGACUGUUGAGGAUUGAAGCUUAGCUUCACUGAUUAAUCCAAAUAUCUACAGGACUUAAAUGUUCAUAUUUUACCACCAUUUGGAAAUUUUGCUCUCCACAACCCCACCAGUCACUCUCUUUUGGGAGAGAAAAAGCUUAUAACGUAUUACACAGUCAUUGCAAUUACAGCCCAUAUUUCACAGCCUCCUCCUCAUGUGAAAUGGCAUAUAUAAUUGCACAAAUUACUUUGCUGUCUGUGCCGCUGAUGUCAGAACCCACCACUGUGGCUCGACAUUCUAUUAUUAAUGCUCAGCGACUUGUUAGUAUUUGAGAGUGGGCCAAUUCCAUUCACACUGCACGCCUCUUCCACUAGCAUUGUAAUAUCUAGCAGCUGGAAAAUGAAGUUUAAAAGAAGUACUGGAGGGGGAUUGAGAUCAUUACUGCUGCUAGUGAUUCUCUUGCAAUGUCCUUUUGAUUUGGGCAUCAUGUGGGCAAAAUGCAGAACCUUGCUUUUUUCUCACAUUUGCUGCAAUCUGGGGUGAGGACAGGUGAGAAGAAGGUGUGAGAAUGGAGCUGUAAAUAAAAACAGGCCUUGUGGGUCACAUUCAGAUCCACAAGCACACUGUUUGAGCAUAAAAAAGAGUAGGCACAUGCGCAGUGGAGGAGUCCCUCUCCAAACACCCUGCCCUGGAUGCAUCCAGAACAACAUCUAUGUCUGGGUUGUAGAGUGAAUGACAUUUCUUGUGGCAUUAGGCCCUGGUACCAGAAAUCUAUCCCACAAUGAGGCCACAAUAACUGUCAUUGAUCCUACAUUGAUCCAAAAAACCAAAGUGCUGCACCAACAGGCACAAAACAACCCCUCUGCAGCGCCACAAAUCCAACUCAAUGGUGUAACAUUGGAAAAUGUCAGUCACUUCUCCUACCUGGGCAGUUACCUUUCCACAAGAGCUGACACUGAUGCCGAAAUCCAACAUCGCCUGAGCUCUGCAAGUGCAGCUUUCUCCUGAUUGAAGUGCAGUGUGUUUGAGGAGCAGGACAUUCGCAGGGAAACCAAAAUGCUUGUUUACAAAGCUAUUGUACUACCAACCUUACUCUAUGCUUGUGAAACAUGGACCACUUACAAACACCAUCUCCAACUCCUCGAAAGAUUCCAUCAAUGGUGUCUCCAGAAAAUUUUACACAUCACUUGAGAAGACAGGCAAACUAAUGCCAGUGUACUGGAAGAAGCAGAGAUCACCAGUGUUGAAGCAAUGAUUCUUCAACAUCAACUUCGUUGGAAUGGUCAUGUUGUUCGGGUGCCUGAUCAUCUUCCAAAGCAACAACUCUAUUCUGAACUUAAAAAUGGAAAGUUUUUUAAAAGAAUUUUAAAGACUUCCUCAAGGCAAAUCUUUAAAAAGUAAUAUAAACGCUGACAACUGGGAAACACUGCCCUCGAGUGCUUCAAUUGGAGAACAGCCUUUACCAAAGGUGUCAUGGACUUUGAAGAUGCUCAAACUCAGGAAGAAAGGGAGAAACAUGCUAAGAGGAAGACCUAUGUUUGGCAAACCCUCACUGUGAUCAACUUCCACCUGGAAACCUAUGUCCCCACUGUGGAAGGAUGUGUGGAUCCAGAAUUGGCCUUCACAGUCACCUACUCACAGACUUACUGUCACCUACUCACAGACUCACUGUUAAAACCGUGUUCAUGGAAGACAAUCUUACUUGGCUACAAGAGAUCACCAAAGAAGAAGAUUGAUCCUACACCGCAGGAUUAGAUGCUGCUCAGGACAUAUUCAUAGGCUGAAAUGCUGAGCUGAGCUAGUAGAGUCAAAUGCAAGAGAGUCUGCCUUCACAGCACUUAACCAACAUGUUAUGCAAUGCAGUUUGGUUUGUUCUAGGAUGCUUCGUUCUGAGAAAGCCUGCUUUCAUUGUUUACAAAAUCUUGACAAAGAUGGAAUUGAUCAGCAGUGAAGCAAACAUCAGUUUUCAAAGCAGAAGGGAAAGAGAAGUUCUGACUUAAAAGCAAGAGGUUGCUGUUUGUUUGUAAUAUGGACUCCAUCAAAUAAAAUUGGCCUACAAGGAAAAGGCAGCAGGGUAGUGGAAAUUGUAUACUGUAAAAAAAGAGAAAAUUUUCAAAGUGCUGUCACAAUAGAAACCAUGAUCAAAGGAAAACCAAACCUUCUGCUGCAAAACAACAGUUUGUUUUUGUUCUAGCCUAUUGUGAAUGAAUCUCCCACAGAACUUUUAUGAUGGCUUUCCGUAUUCUUAUAUAUUUGGUUUAAUUUCAAAGGCGGAGGUGAGAGUGCAAAACCCACCAUCUAACUAACUGAGGUCUAAUGAACUCUGAGUUCCUGUCUAGGAUUCGUCUACUCCUGCAGCCAGUCUCUGUCCUAUCCCCUCCCUUGGGGGUCCCAGUCCUGGCUUGAGGAAGACUGUGAUUCAGAUGAUGCACCAGUCACUCCACUCAAGGGGGAGCCUCACCACCCCAUCCUGCAUUGCUCUGGUCUGAUGCUGUUGCUCUUCCAUCAUCCUCCGAGCAUGUAUUCUUGCAGUCCCUCCUGCCCCAUACUCUAACUGCAUGAAGAAAUGCUUUCUUUUAUGUGUCCCGAAUCUUCCAGAAUUCAGCUUCAGUUCUAAAGGUAACGGUAAAAAGGCUUCAGCAUCUCUUCCCUUGGAAAGUUGUGGACUCUGGUUCAUUGGAGGCUUUUAAUCAGAGAUUGGACGGCCAUCUAUCAUGGAUGCUUUAGUUGAAAUUUCUGCAUUGCAGGGGGUUAGAAUAGAUGACCCUGAGAGUCCCUUCCAACUUUAAAAUUGUAUACUUCUGUGAUUCUAUGAUAUGCUAUGGUGAAUCUGAAGAAAACUAUUGAGGAAGGAAGGUCGGUUGGAGUGUUAAUGCUGUGAACCUUACAUCUUCUGCUCAAUCUGUAUGUAGGCAUAAGUAAAGGCACAUCACACUGCUUUUGAUGCAAUUUGCACUCAUAUCUUUCUACAAUGGGAAAAUAACAGUGUACUUUAUCCAACAUACAUUUCCAAAGCAGCUUCAUCAUUUGUUUUGCAGGGAUCUGUGUUUAGUUGUUGUUUUUUAAGCUCCUAACUCUUUCCAAGAAGAGGGCCAGCAAAUGAAUGAAUUAAAGCAGAUUCUUCUCUGCAUGCAAGCUAAUGUUCUAUGUGCAAGUGCGUCAGGAUCUGAUCAGCAUAUGAUGCAAAGCUGGGUGGCAAGUGUGUUAAUGACCUAGAAGUAUAUUAAGGUAUCUUUUGUGGAAGCAAAUGUUGAUAGAUUGUGGGUGGCAAUGGUAUCAUAUGUUACCUGCUCCCAGGUUUACGAAGUGAGGAAUACAAGGCUGAGAGAAUCCACAAGAAGAUCAAAUGCCAUUCAGGAGAAAACAUCGGAUUUCAGCAAGGAGCAAAUCUUCCUGUAUCCGUGGAAACAAUGUGAUUGCUUUUUUUGCUGGGCAAAUGGAACUGUAAAAUCUGCUUAAGAACCUCCAGAUAGACCAGAGUAGGGGACAGAUAUUACGAAUGGAAUGACCUCGGUUUAACAGGUAAGAGGUGCAAAGUGUAUGCUUUCUGGACAAACUGGGGCAAUUUUUGCAAUUUUCUUAGUAAGCUGCGUUUUCCUGAACUGAUGCUUCUGGCCUCUAAUAUUAUGUGUUAAACAAGCCUUGAAUCUGACUGUGCCAAUAAUGAAACAUAUUGAAAGAGUUUGGCUGGGGGGGUGUGGGAAAAGGGACCCUCUGGGUCAUGAGUAUUAAGAUUAGGAAAAGCUAAUAUUUAAUUAUCUCCAGGAACUGGAAAUAUUGAUCAGGUACAAAAAGCUGCUUUGAAUUCAAUUGCUGCCUCUACAAGACGCUUUAAAACAAGCUGCAUGUUGAAGAUUCAGCUUUGAAAUAAAUGUGAUUUAUUUGUGAGAAAGAUGUUCUUAAAAGCCCAGCUGCUGUAUUUUUGUUCCUGUGUCCCCCUUCUCUCCCCAACCCAGUUUAUAGAGAGAGAGAGCUCACAAAUUCUUUCCUAUGAUACUUUUUGGACUAAGGCUUAUGCAAAAGAAUGAUUGCAGUGCAACCCUUUAUAUUUCUACUCAGAAGCAAGUCAUAUUAAGUUCAAAAGGACUCCUUCCCAAAUAAGUGAAUAUAGGAUUGUAGUCUAAAUGUUUAUUUUUAUAAUUUUAGGGUCAGACAAAGACAUAUUUGUUUUCACUGGCAUUUUGGCAGCUUCAGUGAUUUGUUAUUAUCCUGUUAAGUUGUUUUUAAAUAAUGUUUCUGUGAAUUUUUAACUUUGGUUGUAAAACACUUUGAGACUUUUUUUAAAAUGAGAAGCAAUGUAUUCAUUUAAGAACCCUAAACCAAAAGCUUAUCUGAAUACAGAAUGUGGGAUCAGGCUGUGAUUGUAACUUUCCUCCAAGACCCUCAAAACAAAAGGGCUAUUGGAGACAAUAAAGUUAUUUAUUUAUUGAACAAAAUACAUAUAUUGCUUGUCUGUAUGUGAACCUAAGUGGUUUACAAAAAUGUAAACUCAAACAUUAAAAUUAUUGACUAAAAACCAGUAAAACUUGGCAAUUAAAAUGUUCACAAUGUGCUUAAAAUCGACAGUAGCUAAAAAGAGAUAAAACACAUGUAACUUCUACAUGUUUACAUGUUUUAAGCAGGUACUAAAAACAAGACAGUGAAGGUCCCUGCCUGAUGUCAAGAGGCAAGGAGUUCCAAAGUGCAGGUGCUGCCGCACUCAAAUAUUGAUUUCUUACCAGUGCAGAAGGAGUCUUGUGUGGCGCCAGUAACAGUGUCAGUUCAGAUUUCCUGAUAUCUCCCUACAAUUUGAAAUUUGGAAAGUUAUGUAAAAAUUUCCUUUUUUAUAUAAUUUGUAUUGGUUUAUCACAAUUUUAUACAUUUUAACUUUAACCAUUUCAAACAUUAAUAUAAAACGUUCUUUUGAACCUUCGGACCUCCUUCCCUCCCUCUAUGGGUUCUAUAUUUAAGAUUAAAUUUUCUGCAUCUUUUACCAUUGUCCAUCUGUUGUAUGUCCAUAGUUACCAUAAUUAAUUCCACAUUACAAGUGUCAUUACAUCCCUGCCAAUGAUUUUAACUGUUUACAAUGGUCUUUUAAAUAAACUAAGAAUUUGCUCCAGUCUUUUAAAAAUAUGUGAUCAUCCUGGUUUUGGAUCUUCCCCAUCUGUUUCGCCAUCUCUGCCUACUCCAUCAGUUUCGUCUGCCAUUCUUCUUUUGUUGGUACUUCUCCUUCCUUCCAUCUCUGGGCUGGUAGCAUUCUCGCUACCGUCAUAGCAUACAUAAGAAGUCUUUUGUCCUCUCUUGGUAUCUCUUCACCUAUUAUACCUAACCAAAAGGCUUAUGGUAUUUUAACAAAUGUAUUUUAAACAUUUUCUUUAAUUCAUUAUAUAUCGUUUCCCAGAAAGCCUUUACCAGUGUACAUGUCUAUCACAUAUGAUAAAAAGUACCGUACCUUCCUUCCCUUUACAUUUCCAACAUAAAUUUUAACUCGUUUUGUACAUUUUUGCAAUUUUACUCAGUGUUAAAUACCACCUAUACAUCAUUUCCAUAUAGUUUUCUUUCAACGAAGAGCAUGCAGUAAAUUUUAUUUCCUCUUUCCAUAACUUUUCCCAAGAUGCAAGUUGAAUAUUGUACCCAAAAUCUCUAGCCCAAUGUAUCAUGACUGCCUUAACUUCAUCAUCUUUUGUAUACCAUUCUAAUAGUAAUUUGUACAUUUUUGACAACACUUUCACAUUAUUUUCCAACAGAUCUAUUUCAAACCUCGAUCUCACUGUAUCAAAACCUUUUUUUAUUUGGUCUACCUUAAAAAAAUCAUUUAAUUGGUGAUACUGUAACCAAUCCAUUAAUAAUUCUCUUAUAUCUUCUAUGUAAGAAUUUCCACACGCAAUUUUGAAAUGAGUUUUUUUCCACUGUCCAAAUUUAGUUUUGGUGAUAUUUUUAUAUGUAUGUCUGUGUGUGCCUCUAUUGCUGCAUGCACCGUAAUCUCCAACCAGUGAGACACUCCAGAGGUUCCUGUGCUUACCCAGAGUCCAGUUUCCUUGGAAUGAAGGGCCAUGGAAACUGUGGCAUCUUUAGAAUAUGUGGUUUUAUUUUCACAUCUAUACAACCUGAGCAUAGGAUGGAGGGGUUCACAACAUUAACACUCCAGCAGAUCUUGCUUCCCCAUUUGGUUUCCAAGGAAGCUCACAACUUUAGGUCUAGCACAGAUCAAGAUGUCCUUUCCUCUCCAGGUUCCAGCAUCUGCCCAAUCUCUCCCUCCCCCUCCCUCUCUCUCUCUCUCUCUCUCUCACUCACACACACACACACACACACACAGAGCCUUGGCCUAUUAUUCAUCCUAGGAUGAAGUGGUAUCUAGCCAGGUGAGGUGGGAAAAAGCCCACCCACUUAUCUCUAUGGGAGCAGGGCAACCUCUUUGGAUAUACAUUUUUUAAAGUGUUUUGGUUGCUUUGUAGGUGAAGCUGCUAACAGUAUGGAGAUGAAGAACAUUAUCCAAAAGGAAACCUUGGCCAAUGAGACUGAAAUAUGGAUUGCAGGAAGCCACAUCAAUAGCACUUUCCUCCCUUACUACCAACAUUCUCCUGCUGUUGCUGCCAUUUUAAUCAUGGCGUACCUAAUUGUCUUUCUCUCAUGCAUGGCUGGGAACGCCUUGGUUUGCAUGGUGGUGGUGAAUAAUGAGCGUAUGCGCACUGUCACCAACUUCUUCAUCCUCAACUUGGCCAUCAGUGACCUGCUGGUGGGCAUCUUCUGUGUUCCACCCACUCUGAUGGACAACCUGAUCACAGGUGAGGGCCAUUCUAUGAGAGAAGUGGGGAAACUGGGCUUUCAGAAAUGGCAUGCUGUUGCCUGCCAGGAAACCAGUUUAGGAAAGCUGGUCUAAGACUCCUCUCCUCUGCCACUUCAGUAAGCCCUCUCCCUAUGAUGGUCUAGAAUCAAGUGGCAGAAUACAAACUUUGCAUGGAAGGGCUCCAUUGCACACAUUUCCAUGUGAAAGGCUCUCUUCUGACUGGGACCUUGGAGAGCUGUUGCCAGUCAGGUGCAAUCAAUGUUGGACUGGGUGGACUUGGAGGGGGGCAGUUUCAUAAGUUCACAGUGAAAAAUGGGGUUUCUGGUGGAGUCUUAGGACCCAUUUUUUUACACUAGCCUUUGGGAUAGUUUGAUGCACUUCUAGAUCAGAUGUAUUGGGAGUGUUUUUGGUUGCAUUAAGGUGAUUGUUGCAAAGUAUUGAGCAAGGUUUAAAAUGGCUUGGUUGAAUGUAUUUUUUUUUUAAUUAUGCUUUUGUACACUUAUCUGGGAUUCUCACUGACAAGGGUGAUUAACAAAUUGAACAAAGAAAAAAUAGAAUAAAACACAUCUCUAAAGUGUUGAAAUACCACUGCAGAGAAGCAGGACUGCCUUGCUUGUUUCUUAUGCUCAGGAAGGCAGAAUGCUCAGCUCUGUGAUUUCUUCCCAUUGUUCUUUGGUGUGGUAAAUCUGCCCUAGAAAUACCGUACUUACGUAUGCGACAGCAGCAGCAAGAAUACUUAUUGGGAAAUACUGGAAGACACAAGAAUUGCCUACCCGAGAAGAAUGGCAGAGAAAAGUGAUAGACUAUAUGGAACUGGCUGAGAUGACCGGCAGAAUUCGAGAUCAGGAAGAAGGGUCGAUGGAAGAAGAUUGGAAAAAAUUUAAAAUAUAUCUUCAGAAAUACUGUAAUAUAAAAGAAUGUUAGAAAAGGUUGGAGAAGAAUAUUAGACCGUAUUGGCAGACAGAGUAUAAUGGAAUAAGUAAAUAUGAAGUGUAAAAUAAAGAUAGAGGAGAAUUAAAUACUUUCGAAUGUUAAAAUAAGUAAAUGAAAAGAAGGUUAGAAGGAUUUGCUGGAGAUACGAUUCAAACUAGAAUACAAAGCAAAGAGGUGAGAGGAAGUCACGGAAAUAAGUAAAUGGGAAAACGGUUUUAAAGGUUUAAUUUGAUUUUUUGUUACCUUUUUAUGGUGAUUUUUUGUCUUUUGUAUUUUUCUUUUGUAUUGUUUGUUUUUUGUAUAAGAUGUAUGUGAUUUGUUGUUUUUUUCUACUUUUUUCUUUUUCUGUAAUUUUUAAAAUUGGAAUAAAUAUUCAUUAAAAAAAAAAAUAAUAAAAAAAAAAGAAAUACCGUACUUACUCGAGUCUAAUGCGCCAUCGACUCUAAUGCACACCUCAGUUUUCUGAACCUUGAAACCCCAAAAAAGUAUUUGCUGGUGAAUGUGAAUGUGCCAUCAAAUCUAAUGUGCACCUUAAUUUCCGCAACAUAAUUUGGCCAAAAAUGGUGAGCAUUAGAUUCAAGUAAAUACAGUAAAUGUCCAGAGGUGCUAGAGCUGAUCCUUGCCUUCUAGACAUGCCUAUUUCCUCGUGUUUUUAAUGUAUCUAUGUGGAGUUUAUUGUCUGGUUGUAAUUUGCUUUGGGUUGCCCUGGGCAAGGUAAAAUGAGUAACAAAUUCAGUGACAGAUGAUAGAUAGAUGGAUAGAUGGAUAGGUAGGUAGGUAGGUAGGUAGGUAGGUAGGUAGAUAUUCAGGCUUAUCAAGAAUGCAGCACUGGGUUCCUAUGGUAAUGGAAACCUCUUUGCAAAUUAAAAAUGCCCUAUUUAUGAAUCACAGGAAGUUGACUUAUUCUGUGUAUCUCCUACAUGACAGGCUGGCCUUUCAACCAGGUUAUCUGUACCAUGAGCGGCCUGGUCCAAGGAAUGUCCAUCUCUGCUUCUGUCUUCACCCUCGUGGCUAUAGCCAUGGACAGGUAAGGCUUUUGGUUUCAUUGUGGGUAUUACAACAAACGAGAAUGAAUUUGCUUUUGCUUUGCACACACUGUAUAUCCAUGGGUCACUGGUGGACAUGUUCCUUAGCUGAAGGUUGACCUGCCUCUUGACUUUGCAGCAUGUUAGCCGAUCAACUGUUGGCUCAGCCCCCAAUUUUGCCCUGCCCGCCAUGCUUUGGGAGGGCUGUCUAAACUUUUAAUGGUUGUUGAAGAUGCUUUGCAUUGACAUUAUAAAUAAAAAGAUCAAUGUUUAAGAAGUGCAAACCUUCCCCUUUUCCGGAGAGAGUUUUCAUGCUGACCUUGUGAGUAGUCAGACAGCUGAUGCAGCCAGCUUCUGGUUCAAGCUUGCUUGUGCUCAGAGAUGAAUAGGUGAGCAAUGAGAGCACUCUUGGAACAGCUCCCUGGCUCUAAAGUUUUGACAUGUGGUAUCCUUUAAAUCAAGCCACAAAUUCAAAGUUGGAAUCUCUAAGCUAUAGAUGGAAAUCCAGCUCUUUGUUGCUGCCACCAUCAAAACUUAAUGGAGUCUCCAUGCUAGGAAGGAUGAUGGUUGCAAUGGCAGCCCUACCCAUCCUCAUCGCAUGUUGAUUAUUCAGAAGUGCAUUCCCUGGAGUGAAAUCAGCAUCUCAGAACUACUCUUGAAUUUACACUAGACACUAGCAAGGUUGGAAGUGACAUUUCAAAGUUCUGGUUAUGACCUGUAAAGCCCUACACAGCUUAGGUUCAGGCUACCUGAAAGACCAUCUCCCCUUAUACAAACCUGCCCAGGCUCUGAGAUCAUUACACGGCAGGAGGAGGAGGAGCUGCCAGACACUGAAGUUGUGCCCCGCUUGGCUCCACAGUCAGCCUCCUCUUCCUCCUGCUGCCAUCACCAUUGGCUGUGUCUGCUUCCCCCCUCUUUCCCCUCCAAGGCAGGAGGAGGAGGAAGAGGAGGAGGAGGAGCCACACUAUGCUAAGCUCCAUGCUCUGCCUCCUCCAUGCCCUGAUUUUUUUAAAACAUGGGGGCACCUCUCCAAAAAUAUUGGGCUCCUAGGAGUUGGCACCUGUACAGCAUCUCUCUGGGUCUCCUCAACUCUGCAACCUGAUAUGCUCUUUAACCAGACAUGGCAGCGAUUGAAUGGAGGGCUACCUGCAUGCAACACAUGCAUUCUCCCGCUGAACUGUGGUCUCUUCUGUGCAUAGACUCAGUUCAUGUAGUUAGCAGGCUGCUGCCAUCCUCCAGCUACUGGCAAUGAAGGUGUGCACUCCUUCCUGCUACACAUGAGAUUAAUGUGUGAAAUGGGCCUAUUUGAACGGAAGUCCUGCUUUAAAACACAUUGGUGCCUUGCAUUUCUCCACCAGACCCAAGAGUUAUUUACACAGCUCUUCCUUCCCCAGUUCACGGGAGGAUGACGUGUCUGUGGCUUGCUCUUGCUAAUGCUUCCUGCUUCUUACUCUUCCAGAUUCCACUGCAUUGUCCUGCCUUUCCGGGAGAGGCUCAGCCUUGUGAAGGCUGUGGUGAUUAUUGUUGUGGUGUGGCUCCUGGCCAUCGCCAUCAUGUGCCCUUCUGCCAUCAUGCUCACUGUCGGUCGCGUGGAGGACCACUACAUGGUGCGGAGUGAUGGCAAGAAUACCACCUACCCACUCUAUGCGUGCUACGAAGCCUGGUCUGACAGCAGCAUGAGAAAAGUCUAUACCACCAUCCUAUUUGUCCACAUCUACCUGGUGCCCUUCAUGCUCAUCUUGUUCAUGUAUGGAAGCAUCUGCCUGAAACUCUGCCGUUCCACAGCGCCCAUCACCCAAAACCUGACUUGCCCUGUCAAAGCCAAUGGCACGCCUAAGAAGAGAAUCAAGGUCAUCAAGAUGCUGGUCUUGGUGGCCCUCCUCUUCAUGAUCUCCUGGCUGCCCCUCUGGACUCUGAUGCUGCUGGUGGAUUAUAACAAUUUGGACGAUGACCACCUAGACUUACUGACUGGCUAUUUCUUCCCUUUUGCCCACUGGCUGGCCUUCUCUAACAGCAGCAUCAACCCAAUCAUCUAUGGCUACUACAAUGAGAAUUUCAGGCGGGGCUUCCAGACAGCUUUUAAGUUCCACCUUUGCUCCCAAGAGAAGGUACACCAGGAAACUUACUCGGAGCAGUCAUAGGGGCCCACCAGUUUUAGGAUGUGCAACAAAGUCUUUGCAGAGGCAACUUCUUAUAACUCGGUGUCCUCACGGCACUCUCAGAACACUGGCCCUCUCGUCUCCAGGAGCUUUCAGCCCAAGUGCCCCGGCCUCAGCUUAGAGGACAUUGAUAAGAUAAUGACUUAUCGUGGAAUUAAUCAGGCUUGGGAGAAGACAGAAAACUGCUAAAACAUUGAGGGGUGCGUGUGUGUGGAAAUAAGGCAAAAUAAGAGAACAAAACUUAUCGUGGACUAUUGUGUGAUUAAUUUGAGGGGACAGAGAGUAACUCGCAACUUGCAGGCAUUUAACUUGUGCACAUUCAGUUUUAUGCACUUGGCAAUUUAAAAAAAAAAUUAAAAGGGGGGUGGAAAGGGGGUGGGCAUGCAGGGGAAAAACCCUGAAAGAGAUAUCAACUUGCAGGUUUAGAAAAGGUCCCAAAGAGCUGCUGCUAGUUAGAUCCCUGGUGCUGUGGGAUCUGACCUAGUGCACUCUCACCUGCCAGGCUCAAGUUCAGGGAUCCCUUGAUCACAGGGCCAGACCCAGACAUUUUGGUGCCUGAAGAGAAUCAGAACUAGUUUGUUAAGGGUGCUUUUUAUAUUCAGUCAAGGCUCCGCACGCCCCUCCAUCCCAACACGAAUCUUUGUUCUCCCCUUCAUCCUGAGCUUCACUCCCCCCUCUCCCUUUAUUUCUGAUUCUGAUCUUAACUUGAGGAAUAUUAGAAAUAGCAGGGAGUGGAAAUCAGCACCAGAAACAAGGGAGGGAGUGGAGACCUUCACGCCCCUCUUUUUCCCCAUGCUGAUCUUCACUCCCCACUUGUUUCUGGUGCUGAUCAGACUAGCAGCUGUUGGGAACACAAUGCAGGUUAGGCGGACCUUUGGCCCCAUCUAGCAGCACACUAAUGUUCAUUCUUUACUGUUCAGGAUUUGCCUUCUUUGGGGUGGGGAGAAGAAUUUGUUUUAUUU